AAAAAAAAAGAAAAACUAAAUUGAAACUAAAAUUCGAAACAAAAAAAAAUACUAACAAAAUAAAACCUAAAAUUUAUUUGAGAUGGAAAAUGCAAACAUCAAAGUUCUAGUAGUAUUAUUGUCUAUAUGGAUUUCAUGUGUUCAAGCUCAAACUGGAACAUUUUCAGCAGUUCUUGCAUUUGGAGAUUCGAUUCUCGAUACUGGUAACAACAAUUUGCUCAUGACAGUAUCAAGAGGCAAUUUUUUGCCAUAUGGACGCGAUUUUCCUCAUCGUAUUCCUACAGGAAGAUUCGGGAAUGGAAGAGUUCUAUCAGAUUUAGUUGCCAGCGGUUUAGGGGUAAAAGAUCUUUUACCUGCUUUCCGGAGCCCAUUUCUUAAAAAUAGUGAACUCGCUACCGGCGUUUGUUUUGCAUCCGGUGGUUCAGGGUUAGACAAAUUCACUGCAUCUAUACAGGGGGUUAUAUGGGUACAAGAUCAGGUGAGUGACUUUCAAAGAUACUUAGAAAAGUUAAACCAACAAGUUGGAGAUGCAGCUAAAGUCAAAGAGAUUAUAGCCAAUGCUGUGAUUCUAGUGUCUGCUGGUAAUAACGAUCUUGCCAUCACAUAUUUUUCAACUCCGAAGAGACAAACGAGAUACACUGUCCAAGCAUACACUGAUAUGCUCAUCGGUUGGAAAACUACCUUCAUAAAUAGUCUAUAUGAUCUAGGAGCUAGAAAAUUUGCAAUUCUUGGAACGUUACCGUUAGGGUGUUUGCCAGGGGCGAGACAAAUUACCGGAAAUUUGAUAUGUCUUCCGAAUGUAAACUAUGGUGCUAGAGUUUAUAAUGACAAAGUAGCUAACUUGGUCAAUCAGUACAACCAAAGGCUUCCCAAUGGCAAAUUCGUCUACAUCGAUAUGUAUAACUCACUUCUUGAGGUCAUCAAUAAUCCUAGCCAAUACGGGUUUACGACGGCAAAACCAUGUUGUUGCUCGGUGAUGACUCCGAUUCCGUGUUUAAGAUCUGGUAGUCACGUGUUCUGGGACUUUGCCCAUCCUUCUGAAAAAGCCUAUAAAACUGUUCUACCUUAGAUCCUCAGUACCAUCCAAAGCAACCUCGCCUAGUCACUAAUUUUCUCUUUCUUUUUUAUAUUUAGACAUGAGAACCAUGAACCUUGGUUUGAAUAUGAUUAGUUCCUCGAUCGACGAUGAGCCGCUUGUAGGUCUCUAUUGUUAAGCUUGAUUUAUGUGUUCUCAUCAAUUAAUCAGAAUCAGUGAUAAUUUCAUUUGCAAUAAU